AUGGAGUUGACCUUGGUUGGCUUACAAAACAGCGGUAAAACAACUCUAGUCAAUGUGAUUGCAUCAGGGCAAUUUAUCGAAGAUUCAAUUCCAACUGUUGGAUUCAACAUGCGCAAGGUUACCAAAGGCAAUGUGACCAUGAAGCUAUGGGACAUUGGUGGUCAGCCGCGAUUUAGAAGCAUGUGGGAGCGCUACUGCAGAGGUGUCAAUGCAAUAGUUUUUGUAGUGGAUGCUGCUGAUCACAAGAAACUGGAGGCAGCCAAAGUGGAAUUGAAGGGCUUGUUGGAGAGACCUCAACUGAUCCACAUCCCAUUGCUUGUCUUGGGAAACAAGAAUGAUCUCCAAGAAGCCAUCAGUUCAGAGCAGUUAAUAGAAGCUUUACAACUCAAAACAAUAACAAAUCGUGAAGUUUCCUGUUACUCAAUCUCUGCGAAAAACCACACAAAUAUAGACAUCACUCUACAGUGGUUGAUCAAACAAGGCAAAAAAUGA